GCCGAGGUGGACUUGUACCUCUCACAGCUACUGGGUCCGCGCCAGGUUGCGUGGAACAAACUGUUGCCGGUCACGAUAAUAUAUUCCUUGAUAUUCGUCACGGGGCUCGUUGGGAAUCUCUCAACGUGCAUUGUCAUCGUGCAGAACCCUCACAUGCAUACUGCGACCAACUACUAUCUCUUCAGUUUGGCUGUCGCAGACAUGCUCACCCUAGUUCUAGGCCUUCCCAAUGAUCUCGUCACGUACUGGAAACAAUACCCGUACGCGUUCAGCUCAAGUUUCUGCUCAAUGCGAGCCCUCGUGUCUGAGAUGACGGUCAAUGCAUCAGUACUAACGAUCGUCGCAUUCACCGUAGAAAGAUAUCUCGCAAUCUGUCAUCCUUUGUACAAGCACAAGAUGUCGAAUCAAUUGGCACGAGUGCUGAAAAUCAUCUCCAGUAUUUGGCUGAUUGCCCUCCUGUCGGCGCUUCCGUUGGCAGCGAGAAGUAGCGUCUUGUAUCAGUUCGUGAAAGGUGUCCGUCUGGACGACUCGGCUUUCUGCCUGCUGCAUGGGUCCAACGAUGUCAAUACAGCUCUGCUGUUGGGCUCGACAGUCAUAUUUUUUAUACUUCCAAUGAUAUUCAUCGUCAUCUUGUAUUUGCGGAUUGGUUUCAAACUGCGCCGAUCGACCUUGUACAAAGGCCAAUCCGGAAGCAAUUCAACAAGUUUUAAGAACGUCAACGGUGCGAACGGAGGCUCCAGUAAAAGCGUGUGUGGGGCGCCCGUCAGAAAGUUCUCACUCAUUAACGGGACACGUCAACAGCAGCACCACCUGUCAAGCUCGCGAAAAAUUAUCAAACUCCUCGUUUCGGUGGUGAUCAUCUUCUUCAUCUGUUAUGCGCCUCACCACACUCAGAGGCUGAUGUACGCCUACGGAUCCCACAUGGGUUGGUCCAAUGAAUUGCGGAGCUUCAACGAGCAACUCUUCUACAUAGGAGGCUGCCUCUUCUACGCGAACUGCACGACCAACCCGAUCCUCUACAACGUUAUCUCGAAGAAGUACCGUUCGGCUUUCCGACAUACACUCUGCCGUUGCUGCGGUCUUAAAGGCGCGCCAACUUAUCCUCGAGGUGACCACAGAAUGUCGUAUUCAUCGGUGUGGUUGUCGAACCAGCAGAGGGUUCUCGAACGAAAACGUCUCUCCGAAGGAAGCCUAUUGUCGCGCGCAUCGGUGCAGUCGGAUAUCCCAAUUCCUUUGCAUCAUUCUCAGUCAUUAACAGGGCCCACCCAUCUCAAACUCCUUCGACCAAGCCACUCCGAACCCAACGGGACAGCAGUCACGUUCCGCGACGCACCACCUCCGAUGAAAGGUUGUAUUCGGGAGCCAACAAUUUGGUGUGUGGAGGAAGUCAGCUGUGAUGAACGUUUGCAGGAGAAUAACUAA